GAAAGCGUUGACGCGUGACAAGAGGAAAAAGGAUUUGCAGAAUGAAGGGAGAGACGAAUAUCAUCUCCCCUCCAAAGAUUAAAUAAAAAAUAAAUUUACCUAAUGGGGGGGCAACCAGUUCGAAAUAAGCGCCAUCUGAUCUCAUACACUUAACCCAUAGCCCAUAGCAUAGCCGUGGUUUAGUGCAUCGCGUGUUCGUGCAUCAGUCUUCUUUAAACCGUGGUGGUAUGUUUAUUGAUCAUCGAUCCCUCGACUUUGGCCGGUAUCUAUUUUCUGUUCCAGAAAGAUAUCCAAUAGAUCGAAUUUUGCUCCUUCGUGUUUGUCAUGAUUAAAGAUAGGAUUAAUUUUUGCCAAAAUGACAGUUUAGCGACAAUAUGACGGAUUAGUGGUAAUAAUAACAAAGGAAAACAAAUGUCAAUUUAUAAUAGGAACGACGACGUUCAAAUCAAUAAAGAGGGAACAAUGGUGUCUGUGUCAACGAUUCAACAAUCAAACGAGUCCUUCAAUAAAAUCAACAUAGAAGACGAUAUAAAACAACAGUUGGCAUAUUUACACAAUCGACGGCCAGCCAUACAGUCACGAACCGAUAACAAAAUACAGGACUUGAGCGAGGAACAAAUGGAAAGCAAUUUAAAAUUAUUAAAAUUCGUAGCCGAUUCCCAGUUAACAUUAACUCAAGUUAAUGGUCAGAGGAAGCUCGGUCCACCUCCUGGCUGGACAGGACCUCCUCCUGGUCCGAAAUGCGAGAUUUUCGUUGGCAGUAUCCCCCGAGAUUAUUACGAACCGGAAAUUGUUCCUAUAUUUAGUACUGUAGGAACAAUUUAUGAGUUACGCUUGAUGAUGGAAUUUUCUGGCAUAAAUAGGGGUUACUGUUUUAUUAUGUACACCACCGAAGAAGAGGCAGCUCGUGCUGUUAAAGAAUUAGAUCAGCAUGAAAUUUAUCCUGGGAAAAGAAUCGGUGUUGUUGCAAGCACAAAUAAUUGUCGGCUUUAUAUUAAUCAGUUGCCUCGAAAUCUCGAUUCUAAAACAAUUAUCAAGAAAAUUUACGAAAUGACCGAUGAAAUCGAUAAAGUGGCCGUUUAUAGAAAUUUCAACGGCUUCGUUUGCUAUGUUCUGGUUUCGUAUAAAACUCAUCGAGGUGCCGCCAUGGCGAGAAGAAGAUUGGUGCCUGAAUCGGCCAUGCUUUUCAAAAAUUGCGAGGUCAACAUAGAAUGGGCUAAUGCGAACAUGGCACCUUUUAACGUAUAUGAAGAAAGUGGAACAUGCGACGAAGAAGGCAAUAUAGUAAUAACAGAAACGUUUAUCGAGCCAGUUAAAACUAAAAAGGUCGCGAUUCGUGCGAAACAGAAGACCAUCAAUAAACGAUCUAACAUAAUAAACAAUCAACGAAUGCAAAAAUCAAUCGAUACGUCGGUUCACAAAGGCAGACCCAUAAAAGCUGCGUCGUCCAAUUCGUUGAAAAGUCUCGAUAAUCCAAGUCAAUGCAAACUUGAAAAAUGUCGAUCAAAAAGUUUCGUUUGUUCCAAUUGUUGUUCGUUGGUGGAAUUUGCAAAGAAAAAGCACAAAUCAAAUGGAGCGUGUGACAUCAAUGGAAAUCUGAGAAACAGUUUAGAUCAUUCUUUACCGCACGAACAUUCCAAGCAGAAUUGCGCUCAACCGGAUCACUCGAAAGCAGUUCUUCCUGCGAUUAGUACAUAUUUAACGUAUUUAAACAAAGGAAAACGCUUGAAGAAUCUUAAAUGGAACGAGUUGCAAAGAUGUUCGAACAAUGCUUUAGGUGAACUAGUUGAAAUAAAAGCGUGCUGGUUGUUUUCGACGCGGUACCAAGCCCUCUUUAUCUAAUCAGAUGAUACAGCGUACGUCGACAGAGGGAUAAGACCAGUAGAAAACGAACGAUAAUAUACCUCGAAAUAUAACAUUUAUUGUUAUUUUAUUUUCCUAAUGCUUGUUUUCAUACGAUUAAUUCAAUGAAAUUAUUGUGAAGCGUUAUUGUAUUCUUAUCCCUGACCAUUCUUUUAAGCGCUAUUGAUCUAAUUA